UACCCCAUAAACCGGUUCAGAAACUUCUGAGUAUCAUUACAUUGCAUCUUGCAUUACUAAUAAAGGUACAUAUAUAUUUUAUAAGAGGUCAAUAAUUUGCAUUAAUGCAUAUAGAUAUAGAAACGCGAAGAUUCGAAGUAUGAGUCUUAUGGAAAAUCAGAACACGCAGGUUCUAGAUGAUCAGUUACAGCAUUUUAUCGAGGCUGAGACGAAAAAGCAACAGUUCCAGGGAUUGGUACAUGAAUUAACUGGUCUCUGCUGGGAGAUUUGUAUGGAUAAGCCAUCAUUGCGCCUGGAGCCUAAAGUUCAUAAGUGUCUCGUGAAUUGCGUGGAGAGAUUCAUUGAUACUACUAAUUAUAUUACAAACAGAAUAGAACGAGUUGCCUCAAGUAUGCAGUCCGAGUCAGAUAACAUGGAGUGAAGAUUCCUAAGGAUUAUGUGUCAAAGUUUGUCAUGCAUAUAUUUUAAAAACUCUGUAAUAUACUUGUACGUGUAUUAGAUCUA